AACCAGCAAGCUGCAGUGACAGUGUGUGUUAGCUGUUCUGUUAACUGUACAGUCCUGGAGCGCUGGUGUAGUGUGUUAGCUGUUCUGUUGACGGUACUGUCCUGGAGCGCUGGUGUAGUGUGUUAGCUGUUCUGUUGACGGUACAGUCCUGGAGCCCUGGUGUAGUGUGUUAGCUGUUCUGUUGACGGUACAGUCCUGGAGCGCUGGUGUAGUGUGUUAGCUGUUCUGUUGACGGUACAGUCCUGGAGCCCUGGUGUAGUGUGUUAGCUGUUCUGUUGACGGUACAGUCCUGGAGCCCUGGUGUAGUAGCGUGUUAGCUGUUCUGUUGACGGUACAGUCCUGGAGCCCUGGUGUAGUGUGUUAGCUGUUCUGUUGACGGUACAGUCCUGGAGCCCUGGUGUAGUGUGUUAGCUGUUCUGUUGACGGUACAGUCCUGGAGCCCUGGUGUAGUGUGUUAGCUGUUCUGUUGACGGUACAGUCCUGGAGCCCUGGUGUAGUAGCGUGUUAGCUGUUCUGUUGACGGUACAGUCCUGGAGCCCUGGUGUAGUGUGUUAGCUGUUCUGUUGACGGUACAGUCCUGGAGCCCUGGUGCCCUGGUGUAGUGUGUUAGCUGUUCUGUUGACGGUACAGUCCUGGAGCGCUGGUGUAGUGUGUUAGCUGUUCUGUUGACGGUACAGUCCUGGAGCCCUGGUGUAGUGUGUUAGCUGUUCUGUUGACGGUACAGUCCUGGAGCCCUGGUGUAGUGUGUUAACUGUUCUGUUGACGGUACAGUCCUGGAGCCCUGGUGUAGUGUGUUCGUCGCUACUCUUCUUCUAUCUAAAUUUCUGUGGAUUGUAAUUGGAGGACUACUGUUUGGGCUGGAUCUAUUGGACUGUGUGUGUGUGUGUUCGGACCUGUCACACACACGUGUCUGAACAACACACGGGUAGACAGUCAUCGUUAGGAGGCUCUACACGCGUGUGGAUUACCGCUUGUUUGGAAUACGUAUCUGGGCAGUGUGUGGGUGUGUAAAUGUCUAUGGCAGUGGAAUCAGGAAUGGACAGCGCACUUUGGAGGAGAGGAGGAGCGAGUCCCCCUGCAAUGGACUGCACGAACGGCUCGGCCCGACUCGGCCCUCCCAUCAUCAUGUGUACCCGUCCAUACCCGGACUGUAGUGUGGAGCAAGGGGAGUGUUGUGACAUGGACAGCACCAAUGAGAGCGGGGUGGGCUCUGACGGGGGGCGGGGCAACGAGAAGGAGGAGGGGCUAGGAGGACUGUUCAACAAUUCUGGCCAGCUGAUUGGCUCGGCUUCUGCGUCCGUCAUCUCGGGGGAGGAGCAGUUUGAGGACUACGGAGAGGGGGAGGACGUGGACUACACUCCCAGCAGCCCUUGCCCCGACGAUGACACGCGCACCAACGGCUUCUCAGACCUCGGCUCCUCUCUGCCCUCCAGUGCUGGUCAGACCCCUCUGAAAGUGUGUCACCUGUACAACAGUGAUGUGUUGGACGUGUAUUGUUCUCAGUGCUAUAAGAAGGUUAACCUGCUCAACGACCUGGAGGCCAGGCUCAACAACCUCAAAGCCAACAGCCCCAACAGAAAGAUAUCCAGCACUGCCUUUGGACGUCAGUUGUUCCAGCACAACCACAGUGCGUUUAGCAGCAGUCAGGGAAGCACAGAGGACCUGUUCAGAGACUCCAUCGACUCUUGUGAUGUGGACAUCACUGAGAAGGUGAGUUACCUGGAGAAGAAAGUGACAGAGCUGGAGAAUGACAAUCUGGCUAAUGGAGACCUCAAGUCUAAACUCAAACAGGGCAACACACAGCUAGUACACAGGGUUCAUGAGUUGGAGGAGCAGCUGAAGGAUCAGGAGAGCAGAGCAGAACAGAGCCUAGAGGAAGAGGCACAUAGACACAGAGAGACCUACUGCAAGAUGGAGAGAGACAAGAACACUGACAUAGAGCUGCUCAGUAACAGAGUUCAGCAGCUGGAGGAGGAGAAUGGAGAGAUGAAACUGACUGUGUGUAAACUGAAGUCUCAGACUGAGAAACUAGACCAGGAGAAGCAGCGUAUGACAGACAGGUUAGAGGACACCAGUCUGAGGCUGAAAGAUGAGAUGGACCUCUACAGGAAGAUGAUGGACAAGCUGUGGCAGAACAGACAUGAAUCCCAGAAGGAGAGAGAGGCCAUGCAAGAGUUGAUUGAGGACCUACGUCGGGAGUUGGAGUACCUGCAGCUGUUUAAGCUGGGUUCAGAGAAGGGGCAGGGGGCGGGGCUAUCAGAAUACAACGCCAAGACACGGGAGAUAGAGAUGGAGCAUGAGGUCAAGAGACUCAAACAGGAGAACUUUAAGCUACGGGACCAGAACGAUGACCUGAACAGUCAGAUCCUCAGUCUGAGUCUGUAUGAAGCUAAGAACCUGUUUGCCUGCCACACCAAGGUCCAGUCACUGGCUGCUGAGAUAGACAAUGCUUCUAGGGACGAGUUGGUGGAUGCUCUGAAGGAGCAGGAGUGUGUUAACUUCCGUCUAAGGCAGUACAUGGAUAAGAUCAUCCUGGCUAUUCUGGAUCACAACCCCUCUAUCCUGGAGAUUAAGAGUACCAGUUAAACACACACACGUACACACACACUCACACACACACUCAUACACACACACACACACACACGUACGCGUGUACACACACACACACACACACUUCCACGCCAGGGGAUGGGACAAAACAACAGACAGCUGUCUGUGUUUACAGCUGAAACUCGCUGUCUUCUCUAUCUGUCAAUCAACUGUUAGAUGUCCCGCCUCCUGUAUCUAUCCCCCAAUGGUUUACUGUUAUUAUGUUGCCAACAAAAGAAACUGUCAUAUUGAAUUAUACUAACUGGAUGAUGUUGUGUGGGAGUAACUAACUGGAGAGUAGUAGUGUUAUCAUGGUGUUCCCUUUAUUAUUAUGGUUAUUAUGAUGACUCUAAGUUAUUUAGACACACUACCUCUGGGUUCACUAGCUCCAGUAGGACUGUAAUGAUGUAAUCAUUUAUUACUGAUUAAAAAGGGGAAUAUUUGCAAACCGAGCCCCACUUCUGAUUGGCUAAAUGAGCUGUCAAUCACCUUCAAAAGUGGGUAAAGGUCAUAGGUGAGCGGAUGAGGAAGUAUCAGAUAGUGUGGGUAGGUUAAGGCAAGGAAUUUAACAUUCCUUGGGUUAAGAUCUGAUAGCUUGGUAGAGAUGGAGUCGUUGGCCAUAUUGGGGCCGUUCUGAUGUUUGAUGGCAGGACACAGUGUCAAUCAGCAGUGAGGUGUGCAACAGGGACCGAGAUUGUGUCUCAAAAGUAACUUCCUCUCCUUGUCUUCUCCUUCAUCUGCAGUGAUCUGGAGAGAUAGGAUAGGUGAAAGCUGCUCGACUGGGGAUAUUUCCUUUCACCUGUCCAGUCUUCUCUGAUCAGUGCAAAUCAAGGAGAGGAAGCCACUUUAGACCACUGAGACUCACCCCAAGUUUCCAUACUGAUUCGUCUGGCCCAGUUACUCUCUGGACUGGGGACGUGAAGGUUAUAACUUCUGAUUAUAUGGCCCAGUUACUCUCUGGACUGGGGACGUGAAGGUUAUAACUUCUGAUUAUAUGGCCCAGUUACUCUCUGGACUGGGGACGUGAAGGUUAUAACUUCUGAUUAUAUGGCCCAGUUACUCUCUGGACUGGGGACGUGAAGGUUAUAACUUCUGAUUAUAUGGCCCAGUUACUCUCUGGACUGGGGAUGUGAAGGUUAUAACUUCUGAUUCUAUGGCCCAGUUACUCUCUGGACUGGGGACGUGAAGGUUAUAACUUCUGAUUAUAUGGCCCAGUUACUCUCUGGACUGGGGACGUGAAGGUUAUAACUUCUGAUUAUAUGGCCCAGUUACUCUCUGGACUGGGGACGUGAAGGUUAUAACUUCUGAUUCUAUGGCCCAGUUACUCUCUGGACUGGGGACGUGAAGGUUAUAACUUCUGAUUCUAUGGCCCAGUUACUCUCUGGACAUGAAGGUUAUAACUUGUUAUGAAGUGUCUUGACCUGUCAUAAGAAUUUAAGACAGGCGUCGUAAUGGUGUCAUAGCGUUGUUUAUAGGCUUAUCGAUGCGUAGUGAGCAAAGUAUUAUCUAAACAAUGGCACCCUAUUCCCUACGUAGUGCACUACUUUAGACCGGGACCUAUAGGGAAUAGGGAGCCAUUUAGGAUGCAUACACUGCGUAGCUACUACUAGUUGUAUAACCAGCUUGUUGUGCUCUAUAGUAACGUAUAACCACCGUGCACGGAGUUACGUGUUGUUGUUGAUGUAGAAGCACAAGAUGAGCGUAGCAGGGAAACUCAUUGUAUUACGUCCUCAUGUAAUUCUACACUGAAAACAUAGGGUCCUGUUCAGUAGGGAUUAAAUUGUUUUUGAAACUGAAUGAAAUGGUACAAGUACUACCUGAACUUGUCCAAUAAGAACGUAUGUUUUUGUUUUCCGUUGCAAAACGUUUUGCUACGGUUUGCCCUAUUAAACACGACCCACCCAGGACUUGGAACAAGUGGUAUCAAUGUGGUGUUUAUUUAGGGGAGAAUCCUAAAUUCCACUUAAGUCAAAUGUUCACUCAGUCAUGCAUUGAUGUCACGAGGAGACGAGGUGAAAACGUUACGUAAGUGGACGUUAGGAUUUGCCUCUAAGAGAAGACGUGUUAGGAGUUGUUAGUAGUACAUAUUAUUUAGUAGAAUGUCUAUAAAGGUACAUUUCUAUUUUCAUACAGAUCUAUAAAAUGAUAAACGUUGUGGAAUUUUAAGUUCAGGUGGUCUUUUGAUCAAACUGGAAUGAGGGUAAGGCGAUGUCAGAGGACUGGGGUUGAGAUCUGUCCAUUAAGGAGAACAACAUGGGAGUCACUAUAAUCAAUUAAUCGCCAUGACGAUAAUCACUGGACCUAGGGUGGAUGUAGGGAGGGGGGGGGGGGCAGCUCAUAUAUAGAUUGUAUAGUGUUCUGUAAUACCGAUAGAUUGAGAGAGCUCUUUUCUGUGUAUGUCGUGAUUGUACUGUGCCACUCAUUCACUCACUCACUCACACACACACACACACACAUAAAUACCACAGUAUCUUGUUGAAUUCAUUGUACUGUAGAUGGAUAGACAGCCACGACUUCAGGUGCAUUUAUUUCACCUCAUUAAUAACUGAUUGUGUCUCUAAAGCAGAGUCUGUGUAGACAGUCAGUGUGAUGUCACACUGACACUAGUUUUGCUUCGUUGCACAAAUUGUACUAAUGAGCUGUUUUUGUAUAGUUUCUCAUGGGUUAUCAUGGUUUCUCAUGGUUCUCAUGGGUUCUCAUGGUUUCUUAUGGGUUCUUCAGUUUCUUGUUUUUCUUUGUGCCUUUGUAUAUGAGCAAGAAGGUGUCACCAUUAGAUUGAGGUUAUUUUUCUAGUCAUGCUUUUGAGUUUGUCCGUUGGUCGUCGUGAGUGAGCUUUUUAUAUCUGUUUGCUUUCCAACACGUCGUCGUAGCAUUUUUCAUACAUUGUAAAGUUUGUACAGGAUCUAGUUACAAUUUGUAUUGAUGUGCCACUGACUCAUCCAACCCAAUUAACAACAAGUAUUUUAUACAGUUUUAUGAUGGGAAAAAAAGGAGUUAUAUCCUAGAGAUGAUAUUCUGUGUGACCUGGAAAUGUAUAGCACAUGAUAAUGAUGUUGUCGUAGCGACUGUAUUUACUACAGGAUGAUGAUCCUGGACUGAUAAACAACAACAGACUGAGUUUGGAACUAGGGAAUUAGAAUCAUAGACUCAUUCUAAUUCUGUGUGACUGAAAACAGCCAAGGCUUGAAAAGUCCCUAUUGUUGAAUACUGUGAAUCUCAGGCCCUGUUUGAGUACUUUAACAAUGCAUCCUACCAUCAUCUUCUCCUUGAGGUAAUAUAAUCACUGAUUAGUAAGGGAUUGGAUGAGUGAAAGCAUGUUUGCCAUCAUGUUUUUACCAGUCUAACAUGGUCAGAUCAGUGAUGACUUCAAGGGAGGAAGGAUGCAUCUGUGAUGUAUUUGAACAGGCCCGUCAGUCUUUAGAUAUAGUGAUGUGUUCACCUCACACUAAAGAUCACUGACGUGUUUCUGCUCAUGUAGGUCUGACAGUGACUUAUAGGAUGUUGUACAAACUUGAAAAUGUAAAUAAAAUGAAUUUGCUUUGGCAUGA